GCGGCGGCGGCGAUAGCGGUGGCGGCGGUGGCUCCGGAGGCCGCAGUCCGCGUCCCGGCAUCGGCCCGUGUGCCGCACCAUGGUGACGCUCGCCGAGCUGCUGGCGCUGCUGGCCGCGCUGCUGGCCACGGCCUCGGGCUACUUCGUCAGCAUCGACGCGCACGCCGAGGAGUGCUUCUUCGAGCGGGUCACCUCCGGCACCAAGAUGGGCCUCAUCUUCGAGGUGGCGGAGGGCGGCUUCCUGGACAUCGACGUGGAGAUCACAGGACCAGAUAAUAAAGGAAUCUAUAAAGGAGACCGCGAGUCCAGCGGGAAGUACACAUUUGCAGCCCACAUGGAUGGGACGUACAAGUUCUGCUUUAGUAAUAGGAUGUCCACUAUGACUCCAAAGAUAGUAAUGUUCACCAUUGACAUUGGGGAGGCUCCCAAAGGACAAGACAUGGAGACAGAAGGUGGUGGAGACUCCUGGGAUGCUCAUCAGAACAAGCUAGAAGAAAUGAUUAAUGAGCUAGCAGUGGCAAUGACAGCCGUGAAGCACGAACAGGAGUACAUGGAAGUCCGGGAGAGAAUACACAGAGCCAGUGAGUUACGGGCACAGCUUGUGACAGGGUCUCCUGCCAAUAACUUCGCCGUCUGUCGAAUCCAGUUCCCUGGUUUUGGAACAGACUGCUGUCCUGUGUGCAGCACAGUCUGUCCGUUGUUGGCCCUUGGGAAGAUCCAGGUCCUCAGGUGGAAGCCUGCACCUCUCAAGCCAGAGGGUUAG